AUGCCAAACUCCAUCGAUGGCAGCGGUGGGGAAGACGGCAAGCUGAGCGAGCAAAAGUCGUUCGCAGACGAAGCCAAGAAUGGAGAUACUACGACGAACGAGUCUCUGGUCCAUAGACACAGUAAUGUGCCAGAAAACGCAACCGACAAAGUUAGCACCGGGUCCACUGAUGCCAGGGGUUUCGAAAGCACCGAAAAUCUCCGGGCAUCCCUUGUCCGCAAAUUCGACCGCAGGCUGGUCCCGGCAAUAUUCCUUGCCCAUCUUCUCUUCUUUCUCGACAAGAGCAAUAUUGCCCUUGCCCGCAUCAACGGACUCGAACAGGAUCUGCAGCUAACUGGGACCCAGUUCAACACGGCCAUGGCGAUGUUCUUCAUUCUAAAUAUCCUGUUCAACAUCCCAGGCAACCUAGCUGUUCGUCGUGUCGGAGGAGCGAUAUGGCUUCCGGCGUUGAUCACAGCGUGGGGUCUUGUCACAACUUUCAGCGGAUUUAUCACGAACUUCGCAGGCCUUUGUGCCACGCGUGUAUUUUUGGGCUUGACAGAGAGCUCUUUCCUGGGGGCAGUCUUGAUUUAUCUUGGCUUCUUCUAUACCGCCGAUGAGCUCAUCCUGCGUGUUGGUCUAUUUUACUCGAGCACCGCUCUCGCUGGAUUCCUGGGCGGCCUGUUGGCUGCCGGGCUGGGCCAGGUCAGGGUCGCUGGUCAUAACGGCUGGCCUUGGAUAUUUUUCAUCGAGGGGUCCUUGACGGUUAUCCUGGGAAUCAGCCUUUUGUUUGUUUUGCCACAUACACCUUCUGACGCGAAAUUCCUGUCUUCGGCCGAGAGGUCUCUUGCUAUUCAGCGCAUGCGGUUACAAGAUCGGUGGCACCAUCUGGGCACACCCCAGCCCAUGGAUCAUGAUACAGAAGGGCGAGUACAGCGACACGGAGAAACCCCGACGAACAACGACCCUCUCACAUGGGCAACAGUGGCAAGCGCAAUAUUCAACGUCAUCACAAUGACCGUGGCUGUUGCCUCGUUCUUUUCUAUACAGGCUAUCUACAGCUUUUCCAUAUUCCUACCAACGAUUAUAUCUGCGAUGGGUUACGAGAGGCUUCAAGCUUCAUUAAUGACGGCACCACCUAAUCUUGCGGCCCUGGUUUUCACCAUUGCUAUUUGUGUCUGGAGUCGAAGAUCGGGAAAGACUGCGCUGCCGCUGAACGUUUGCAGUAUCACCGGAAUCCUGGGGUACACUCUGCUUAUUGUUGGUGCGAAGAUUGGGGUAGCCCCCCUAUUCAUGGACGUUGACAUCCAAUAUGCUGGGACGUUCCUAGUCGCCAUGGCGGUUAACGCAAUCCCCCCCUUGGCGUUGACCUGGAUGAGUAUCAACGCUUCGCCGCAUUAUGUCAGAGCAAUUGCCUUGGGAUUUGUCCUGUCUAUCGGUAAUUCAGCUACAUUCCUAGCAUCCUUUACUUACAUCAAGACCGAGGCACCAAGGCAAGUUAUUUCAACUUCCAUUCACUUUGCAGUCACUGACGGGCACAACAUCGUAGGUAUCUGA